CAGUAUAUAGCUUAUUUGUGUAGAUAUAGACCACCACCAAAAGAGUGAUAUCAAAUGUGAAGUACAAUGUGAGUUGCUGUGAAAUGGGUUGAUGAUAUAUGCAUCUGCACUUUUGAGAGAGUGGGCCGGUCGACUCUUCUUGGCCUCGUCCCCACCCAGCAGAACUUCCCAAGAACUCCUCAAGAACCACAAGAAAAUGCCAGCGCAGGCCAUCCAAUCGAACCAUCCCGGUCCAGCCGCACAAGUCGUCGAAGCCCGUAAGAGACGAUGGCUCAUCAAGGUCCCCUGUACCUCGGCGAACAUUGGCCCCGGCUUCGACGUUCUCGGGCUUGCAUUGUCCUUAUACUUGACUCUCGACGUUUCGUUAGAUCCGCACUCGACUGACCCCAACCUACGGGUUCCCAAGCUGGUGUACGAUGGAGGGUUUGGAGCCGCCGACGCGCCGACGGACCCUUACCACAACCUGAUCACUCGGGUGGCGCUCUACGUGCUUCGAUCGCAUUCGAUUCCGGCCUUCCCGUUCGGCCUUUCGAUCAAGAUCAACAACGAAAUCCCGUUUGGACGGGGCCUGGGUUCCUCUGGGGCAGCGGUGAUCGCCGGGGUCGAGCUGGCCAACGCGCUCGGCGAUCUGAACCUGUCCACCGGACGCAAACUAGAUUACGCGCUCAUGGUCGAACGACAUCCGGAUAACGUCGCCGCAGCCCUGCUCGGCGGCUUCGUGGCCUCCUAUCUCUCCGAGCUCUCCCCCGAAGACCUCCAGGCUGCUUCAAUACCCCUGGCCGAGGUCCUCCCUGAAUACCCUCCCGACGCCGGCGAAGAUUGGGGCCGCGAACCUCCCAGAGCUCCCGAAGGAAUCGGCCAUUACAUUCGUCUCAACUGGGCUAAAGAGAUCAAGUGUUUAGUCGUCGUGCCUGAAUUCGAGGUUUCCACAAGCAAGGCCCGAGACGUCUUGAAAGAAUCUUACUCACGCAAAGACAUUGUCUUCAACUUCCAAAGACUCGCCGUGUUGACUACUGCACUUGGCCGAUCACCCCCAGAUGCAAAGCUUAUAUACCAAGCCAUGCAAGACAAGAUCCACCAACCGUACCGAAAAACAUUAAUCCCAGCAUUACCACGACUAACGCAAGAGUUGACGCCGGAGAGAUAUCCGGGGCUAUUAGGGAUCUGUCUGUCGGGCGCAGGCCCGACGAUCCUCUGUCUCGCCACCCAUAACUUCGAGGCCAUCGCGCUCGAAAUCAUGAAUGUUUGGAAAACGGAGGCCAACGCUGAUUGUUGGUGGAAAGUCUUGGAAAUCAAACAGAACGACUCGGACGGCACGGAUUUCGGCGGCAGUUCGGCGGCCGAAAUCAGCCCCCAAUAGGCCUUCUGUUCUUCAUCCUUGCUUAUCAUCCCCUCCUCCUCUUCUUUUUUAUCAUCUCUCUUUUGGUUGUCUCAUGUUUAUCAUCGCUUCCUGCUUAGAGAUCGGCUCUCCGGUUUCUUUGUCUUUCAUAUCCUGUUAAGCACCAAGUACUUCCUCUGAAUUCAUUCAACAUAGAAGAAAAACAAGAUUUAAAGUUGAUCGCCGUCACACCGAAUAGACCGGUCAAGCAACUGAGUGGUCGCUCUCUUAGUUGUUAGGAUAUGAUACCGUUCGUAUUCAUGUGGUAGAAAAACA